AUGCAGAGAUUCACGGCCAAAAGAUCAGUGCGUAACAUUUCCGGUUCCCUUUGGCGACGAUGCAUCUCAUCGACGUCUCAGGCGACGGCGGCAGCUCCCGCCAAGGAUUCCGACGAAUUUCUGGCGAGGCUUCCGCCGUUCGAUUACACUCCUCCGCCGUAUACAGGCCCCUCCUCCGAUGUCAUCCUUAACAAGAGGAAGGAGUUUCUUAGCCCUUCCAUGCCCUGCCUCUAUCGAAAGCCGUUGAACAUUGUGGAUGGGAAGAUGCAGUAUCUGUUCGACGAGAGUGGUCGGAGAUACUUAGAUGCUUUUGCCGGAAUCGCAGUUGUGAACUGUGGACAUUGCCACCCAGGUGUGGUUGAGCCAGUCAUCAACCAAAUCAAGCGACUCCAGCAUCCUACCGUUCUUUACCUUAAUCAUGCCAUUGCUGAUUUCUCCGAGGCCCUCGCUUCUAAACUCCCUGGUGACCUCAAGGUGGUGUUCUUCACAAACUCAGGGACGGAGGCUAAUGAAUUGGCACUCAUGAUGGCUAAACUAUACACUGGAUGUCAAGACAUUGUGUCCAUUAGAAACGGGUAUCACGGGAAUGCAGCUGGAACAAUGGGGGCUACUGCUCAAAGCAUGUGGAAAUUCAACGUUGUUCAGACUGGUACACACCACGCUUUAAACCCAGAUCCUUACAGAGGUGUGUUUGGUUCUGAUGGAGAGAAGUAUGCAAGAGAUGUGCAAGAUCUCAUACAAUAUGGCACCACCGGACACAUUGCUGGUUUUAUCUGUGAAGCUAUACAGGGAGUUGGAGGGAUCGUGGAGCUAGCCCCGGGCUAUUUGUCAGCGGCUUACGAUAUUGUGAAGAAAGCUGGAGGAUUGUUCAUUGCGGAUGAAGUUCAGUCUGGAUUUGCUCGCACCGGCAAUUUCUGGGGAUUUGAGGCCCACAAUGUUGUCCCUGACAUAGUUACCAUGGCAAAGGGAAUUGGGAAUGGGUUUCCUUUGGGAGCUGUUGUGACAACUCCGGAGAUAGCAGGAGUGUUGACUCGACGAUGCUACUUCAAUACCUUUGGUGGAAAUGCUGUGUCUACCACAGCUGGUCUUGCCGUUCUGAAUGUUAUUGAGAAAGAGAAGCUUCAGGAAAAUGCAUCGAUGGUCGGAUCUUAUCUCAAAGGAAAACUCAACCAGCUGAAAGAGAAACACGAAAUUAUCGGGGAUGUACGGGGAAGAGGACUGAUGCUUGGAGUAGAGCUGGUGAGUGAUCGCAAGCUUAAGACUCCUGCAAGCGCCGAGACUCUGCACAUCAUGGAUCAAAUGAAAGAGUUGGGUGUGUUGGUUGGUAAAGGAGGCUACUUUGGAAACGUCUUUAGAAUCACACCACCUCUCUGCUUCACCAAGGACGACGCAGAUUUUCUCGUGGAAGCGAUGGACCACUCAAUGUCGAAGAUGUGAAGAAAGUGUAAUAAACAUUAUAUAAGUUGCGGUAAAUUAUGCUUGUAAUCUUGCUUCGAACAACCAAAAUGUUUGAUGAGCCAACAUCUCGUUGCUUCUCAAUCACUAUGUUUUCAUAAUGUUAAAGCCUUUUCUUUCCCUUCUACGCGUCCAA